ACAUUUUUUUAGCCAGACUUCUCAAUAUUUUUUUUUUAAUUUUUUUUUCUCUCCCAGGUUUCUCUAUCUUUCUCGGGAAAAUCAUUAAAGUCACAUCGAUCUCGUUGGAUUUCAUUGGAAACAGAAGAUUGAGUUUCCUGGUAGAGAACAGAAGGGGUUUCUUGCUGAUGUAAUGGCACUUGCAUUUAUCUAUAGUCUACAAAACGUGUGGCCUUUUUCAAUAUUGAAAGUUGAUGAUUUGAAAGCAUCUAAUGAAAUAGUUAGGAAGCUUUCUAUACCAGAAAACACGAAAAGAUUUGUUUUUGCAGUUCGCGAUCCGAAAUCUCAAUCUGUGAUUUAUAUACUCUGUGCUCAGAAUUUAUCUGAGAGGUCGGCUGUAGACGUUGAGUGCCUUGUUAGGGAGGUUCGACCAGAUGCUGUAGUGGCUCAGGUGGGUCAUUCGGCGUUGGUUGAUAUUCAAACUGAAGAGAGUGAAUUAGGAAAUAUUGUUGAUGAGCUAGUUCCCACUUCGUCAUUUGGAGUGAUUAAAAGAUGCUUUUUAGAAAAGAUUAAUAAGGAAAAGUAUGAAGAUGUGGCUGGCAACUUGGUUUUGAGAGAAAUGUUUGGGACUAGUUUUCACGGGCAUAUCUUGGCUGCCAGGAGGGUGGCCAAGGAGGUCGGUUCAUCUUUUUUGGUGCUGGAAACAUCAUCCAUUGAUACAGUUAUCGGGGACAUUAAUUCGAGUGAAGCUGACACAGGGAGCAAAUUUCAUGCUUUUGUUAGUAGUUUAGUGCCACAGAAUGUGGGUUCGAUUGCUUUGCAAAGUUCAAAGAGGUUUAGUCUUGAUGAUAAUGUUCAGUCACGGAUGGUGAAGUUGUUAUCUUCUUAUAUGGAUGUGUCAUUGUGGAAGUUGAGUCCAUCAAGUUCUGUUUCAGAGUCAGGAUUAAAAGAAAUUCAGCCAGGAAACACUUUCCAGGUGCCACCAUUCGCCCAAUCUGUUUAUCCAUUACUCCUGGAUCUACAUAAUAUAUUUAUUGAUCUCCCAUUCAUUGGGAGGGCUUUAGCCUUUGCACAGAAAAUGCUAGAUGAUGUAAACAGGGGGGAAGCUGUGGAUACCCAAAUUAUAUCUGAAGUGCACACCUUCCGAGUUGCUGUUGAGGGGCUGAGAAUUGCCCUUAACAGUGCCGGUCGAUUGCCCAUUAAAGAAGCGGGGAAGCCCAACAAGACUAAAGUUGAGUUUUCAGAGCUUCAGGUUCAGGACAAGUCAUAUGCACUCAUUGCACAGGCCCUUCAAAGCCAGACUAGGAAUUUCAAGACUAUAGUAGCCGUGGUGGAUGCUAGUGGCUUAGCAGGUAUUAGGAAACAUUGGAACACUCCUGUUCCUCCAGAAGUGAAGGAUUUGGUUGGGAAGCUUGUCACUAAUUGUGAAAGUGAUGGAGAAGUUCCUAAUCAUGAUGAAAAGAGACGGCUACUUUCUAACAAACCUAUGGUGGCAGUUGGAGCUGGGGCAACAGCAAUUUUUGGAGCUUCGUCUCUUUCCAAAGUUGUUCAUGCAUCGACAUUCAUGAAGGUUGUUACAUUUAAAUUUCCUACUGCCCUUAAGCUUUUGCUGAUCCAAACUCAAAAGAUAAUGGCAAUAUCUAUGGGCAAGACUCUUGGUCCAACAAAACUGCUGGCCCCUGGACUGGCCAAUUCUGGAGCCAAUGCAACAUCUGCGUUGAAAGCAGCUGUUUCUGCUGAGAAAAUCCGGACAGUGGUCCACAGUGUUAUAGCCUCUGCUGAGAAAACCAGUUUUUCAACUAUGAGAACAGCUUUCUAUGAAAUAAUGAGAAAACGGCAGGUGCAACCUAUUGGUGUCCUACCUUGGACAGCAUUUGGUUGCAGUGUUGCAACUUGCUCAGCAUUGCUCAUGUAUGGAGAUGGGAUUGAAUGUGCUGUUGAAUCUCUUCCUGCAGCCCCGUCAAUUGCCAGUUUGGGUCGUGGGAUUCAAAGUUUGCACCAGGCAUCUCAAGUAGUUGUGCAGACAGAUGGCACCAGAAUACAAACAUCUAUAGAGUCUUUGAUGAACAGGUUGAGGAAAGUAAAGAUGCAAUAAAGCAGGACUCGCAUCUUUUAUUUUGUUGUAUACAAGCUGAUACUGCUCCAAAGUUAUUAGUACUGGAAUUUAGAGAAAUCUUCUGUAUAUAAAUAGAAAGCAGGAGGGGUGAUUUGUAUUGUCAUGGAUGUUGAUCUUUAUUUGAAGUCAAUUUUCUAAAGGGUUCUUUACAA